UAAUUCUAAAUAAACAAGUUAAAAUUAGUUUUCCAGACAUAUUAUUAUGUCGGAUGAAGCUAAAUCAUGGUCUACAUUAAGGCUACAACUAAUAUCGUUGGAGUCUCAAACAGAAACUCUCUUAUUAGAAUUGGUAACAUCACCAGAAACACAUGAAGAACAGGCUCAGGAACUCUUUAAUAAGAGAAAUGUAAUUAUCAAUUCUUUAUCAGGGUUAUUAGACCCAGAUUAUGGGGGAGAUACAGUUAAGCAAUACCAUGUUGAAAGACAUAUAGAAAUAUUGGAGAAACAUAAGAAAGAAUAUGAGAAAAUGAAUAAAAAGAGAAAAGUGGGAUAUAAAGGAACUAAUGAAGGUUAUCAUAAAAAACAUGAGAAUGGAAUAGAAAAUAAUGAAACGAAUUAUUUUAUUGAGGAGUCAAAUAGAAUUGAUAAUUCACAUAAUAUGGCGGAUCAAAUUCUUUUACAAGCGUAUACUACUCGAGAUGAUUUUUAUCAGCAAAAAGAUAUGCUUCAUGAUAUGAAUCAAAAAAUGUCAAGAGCAACAAAUCUUAUUUCUGGAAUUAAAUAUCUUAUUUCUAGGGUAAAUACAAAGAGGAAAAGGAAUAAUUUAAUUUUAUCGUUUAUUAUUUCUGCAUGCAUUAUUAUGACAUAUUUUAUGAUGUGAAAUGGCAUUCUUAAAAAGGCUCAUACAAUAAGUUAUUUUAAAAUAU